AUGAUGGGUGAACAUGAUGACCAGCAAUCAAAAUACCUAGAAUGGGUCAAGGAGUAUAUACGAGACAAUGCAUUUGAACCUCGUCGAUGGACUGCUCCUGGACAGCGUUCUAUACAUCUUUCACCUUGUGACCAUGGAGUGGAUACUCUGGAGGUGCCUUUGGAUAGUCAAUUCCACACUGAAGACACAAAAGUAGUAGUUGGGAAGUGCUGUGAUAGAGGUCAUCGGUGGAUAGGCUCAAAAACCAUAUCUGAUUGUGUUGAAGCCCUCAUAGGAGCUUACUAUGUUGGUGGUGGAUUGGUUGCUGCCCUUCGAUUGAUGAAAUGGCUUGGUAUGGAUGCUGAGCUUGAGCCCACAGUAGUGGAUGAAGCUAUAAAAAGUGCAUCACUCCACUCUUACAUCACAAAAGCUAAAGAGAUCGAAACUCUGGAGUCAAAGCUUGGGUACACAUUCUGUGUUAAGGGACUCUUACUGGAGGCCAUAACACAUGCAUCUGAACAAGAGUUAGGGAUCGAUUACUGUUACCAGAGGCUUGAAUUUCUUGGGGACUCUGUGUUGGAUAUUCUUAUCACAUGGUAUCUUUACCAAAGCCACACCGAUAUUGAUCCAGGGGAAUUGACAGACUUGCGUUCAGCCUCUGUUAAUAAUGAUAGUUUUGCUCAUGCCGCUGUGAAACAAAACCUUCAUCAUCAUCUCCAACACUGCUCUGGCAUUCUUCUAAGUCAAAUAACAGACUUUGCAAAGUCUGUUUCUGGUUCUUGCAGCACCAGGAAAUCACUUCAAAACACAAAAGGUCCUAAGGCGCUUGGAGACAUUGUGGAAAGUAUUGCAGGGGCGAUUCUAAUUGAUACAAAGCUUAAUCUGGAUGAAGUGUGGAGGAUCUUUUGUACUCUGUUGUCGCCCAUUGUGACCCCCGAUAACCUUGAACUGCCUCCGCUACGUGAACUGAUAGAGUUAUGUGAUUCUCUUGGUUACUUCAUAAAAGAAACUUGUACACUGAAGGGCGAUAUAGUGCAUGCUGAGCUUAGAUUACAGCUGGAAAAUGUCCUGUUGGUUGGAGAGGGAUUUGGGCAGAGUAGAAAAGCUGCAAAAGGGCAGGCAGCUCUUCAUCUGCUAAAGGACUUGGAGAGUAGAGGAAUUUCAUACUCAAAGAGGAGAAAACACGACCUGGACAAUGUUUGUGUUUCUUCUUCCCCAUGCUCUGGUAAUCAUAUUAGCAUCCAAAAGUUUGAUCAAGAAUCUUCUGAGCCAAUAGCCCUUAAAAAGCAGAAGACAUCUCAGUUGCACCUAGAGUCAACUAAAGGUCCUCCUUUCAACAAUGAUUGUUCUAAGGAAGUUGGUAGUUCCAAUAAACUUGGCAUCCCUGUUCUUCCUUCCAUCAACAUGAAAAAAGGAGGACCUCGAACCUCACUAUAUGACCUCUGCAAGCGACUGCAGUGGCCAAUGCCUACGUUUGAAUCAACGGAGCAUAAAUCAAGAUCUCCCAUUGAAUUUGGUGAGGGCUUUGAAAGAAGGAAAGGAUUCAAUAGUUAUGUAUCUCGAAUCACAUUGACCAUUCCCGACUUUGGGGUUCUAGAACUCACAGGAGAUCAAAGGGCUGAUAAGAAGAGUUCAUUUGACUCUGCUGCACUUCUGAUGCUUUUUGAGCUCAAACGACAAGGAAAGCUGAUCAUCGGAGAGACAUGAUGUAGUUGCAAACUACUGUUCCCAUGGUGAAUUGAUAGAAAACGGGAGUACUUUCUUCUAUUCUCCAGUCUGGCCUUUUUAAAAAAGAAAAAGCCAUUUCUUCAUAUGGAGCAAUUAGGAAACUCAGGCUGCUCAGGUAGGCACAAGUAAUAUAUCAUGUAGUGAUAAUAUGAAGUUUUAUUUAUCAACCUCUCUUAAAUGUUCAUAUAUAUUGAACAUAUCAACUCAAAAAAUCUGCAGAAGGAAGAGAAAAAGUUGGACAAGUUCAGAAGAGGGAAGAAUGUGAAACUGACCUACAGUCAAGUAUAAAAAAUUAGUCUCUAAUAGAUUCUCUAUUUGUACAACAAAUAAAAAUUUUAAUUUGAUUCGCCAUAAUAGAAAAGUUAAACUCACUCUCCAGUGUAUUGUUAUUGAAUGAAAAUAUGACACAGGGCCUUUUAAUUAAAUGAUAUUCAC